AUGCGCUUUACCAAACCAGCUGCAGUGGCAGCAUUCGUUCCCUUAGUUUCUCAUUUAGUAGAUGCGGCGCCUCGGAAAAUAGAAGUCGCUACUCUAGGCGGCGCGGCCUUUCGAAUCGAACAGGCUCCCAACCCCGACUUUUACUACGGAAAUAGACGAGGACCUAUCGCACUGGCCAGAGCCUACUCCAAAUACGGACAACAGAUUCCUGACGAUUUACUGGGGCUCAUUGAUCAAAUCCUUGGGGAGCUUGGGUUGCUCAACGGUGGUCAAGGCAAAGGCGGCCAUAAGGGGGGCAAGGGGGGCGGCAAAGGAAAGGGCAAGGGAGGUAAAGGAGGCAACGCUGGUGCUGGUGGUUCCAAGGGCAAUGGCACAACCACUGCUCCAGGAGGAGGCGGAGGUCAUAGGGGGAACGGCACGAAAACCCCUCCAAGUGGAGAGGUUGCCGCAAUUCCUGCCGAGUUCGACAGCCAAUAUAUCUGCCCUGUCCAGAUUGGCACACCGCCCCAAACGAUACCGCUCAACUUCGAUACCGGGUCCUCGGAUCUAUGGGUCUUCAGUAGCGAGACGCCAGUCACCCAAGUCGUGGGGCAGACAAUCUACAACAUCAACGCCAGCUCAAGUGCCAAAGUCCUAAAGGGCGCUUCCUGGUCGAUCUCCUACGGCGACGGUAGCUCGUCCCAAGGUAAUGUCUAUAAAGACACCGUCACAAUCGGCGGCGUAACCGUCGAGAGCCAAGCCAUCGAGUCUGCUACUCAAGUGUCUUCGUCCUUUUCUCGAAACAAGAACCAGUCUGGGCUUGUUGGGCUUGCCUUCGGGAAUAUCAACACUGUCGAGCCCGCCAAGCAGAAGACCUUCUUUGAGAAUGCAAUGUCCAACCUUGCCAUGCCGCUGUUCACAGCAAAUCUCAAAAAGGCAGCCGCCGGUAACUACAACUUUGGCUUCCUUGACUCUACAGAGUACACCGGCGACAUCACUUUCGUUCCCGUCAACACGACGCAAGGCUUCUGGCAAUUCACGGCCCAAGGCUUCGCCGUCGGCUCCAACGGCAGCGCGCCCACCUCUGCACCUCACGAAGCCAUCGCGGACACCGGCACGACGCUCAUGCUCUUGCCUGAUGCCAUUGUCUCUGCGUACUACCAGCGAAUCACGAGUGCAAAAUACGACUCGACCAACGGCGGCUUCGUCUUCAACUGCAAGGACCGAAUCCCGUCAUUCACCGUCGAUAUGGGCAAAUACCAGGCCGUCGUCCCUGGAGAUUUUAUGAAAUUCUCCCCGGUUGAUGGCCAGACGAUUGAGACUUCGACGACUUGCUUCGGUGGCAUCCAGAGCUCCGCGGGUCUGCCUUUCGCGAUCUACGGGGAUGUGUUUCUUAAGUCACAGUUUGUGGUCUUCCAUGGCGGGAACAAGGAGUUGGGAUUUGCGAGAAAGCCCCUGUAA